CUCAUGUAUGUUAAUUACGCAUUUUCGGGCGUAGGCAUUAUCUGUCUUAAACUUUAAUAUUGGAGCUUGGGUCAUGUCCUCUCCAAUCUUGUGACUUGUAAAUUCUCUUAUUAAUUGACCUCGUAAAUGUUCCCCGACAUUUAUCACACCGUUAAUCGGUGGUUUUCGGGAUUAAAAAAAUUGAAAAGGAAGUCCAGCGAAUUGAAACGGGUAAACCUACAUACAUAGUGCACCUCCAUUAGCUCGCAGAUCAGAUCCGCCGGCCUCCUUCGCUCCAACCAUCUACCUCGUUCCAGCCGCAAGCCACCAUCGUCUCAGCCGUUUCCGUCCUGGUAACCGGCUGGUAACUUCCGUCUCCUCCGCCCCUCCCAACAGCGCACUGGAUGCUUCAGCCGCACACUGCAACUGCUCUCAGUACAGUCGCUGGCCUCUUCCUCCUUUGCCAUAUUUGCUCAAUAGAGGUUUAGUUUCUAACCUUUUGUCAUUUCAUUUAACUUAUUGAAUUUUAUCAAUUUUUAGAUUAAUAUUUGUAUGAAUUUAUUGCCAUGAAUAAAUUGAACCCCAACGAGUAUAGAAUUGGGUACAAUUUUAACAAGACUUAUUUGCUAAUUCUGGAUAUGUUUUAUUGUAUUGGGCCUUUAUGUAUUGGGCCUUAUUUGUAUUGUUUUAUACUUAGUAUAUAUACCAUAGGUUUACAUUAUUUUUAGGUUAAUUAAUUCAUAUUCAACUUCUUUCUUCUUCCGCAGACUCUCCCUGUAAUAUUCAUCUCUUCCGCUACUCUCUUUGAUUUCUCAAUUCGAUCAAUUCUUCAGAUUCUUGUAAUCAAAUUGUUAAUAUGGUAUCAGAUUAGGUUCUGAUCUCUAUCAUCUUUUCUGAUUUCAUUUUUUUUCUCGAUUUCUAUAAUCGAUCUUCAUCAUAUAAAACCCUAGUUCUUCGCUCAAAUUUUUGAUGCGAUGAGUCAUUCUGCUACAUUACCCUUGCAUCCUCUUGAUGAUCCUUCAUCUCCGUACUACCUGCAUUCAAGCGACCGCGCCGGUCUGCGUAUCAUCUCUGAAACGCUUCAUGGAGACAAUUUCAAUGCUUGUCAGAAGUCGGUUGUGAUGGCAUUUUCUGUAAAAAAACAAGAUGGCUUUUCUGGAUGGUUCCAUCGAGCAGCCCAGUACAGAUAAUUCCGCUUCUUAUGCUGUGUGGUAUCGUAUCAAUGCUCUCUUAUUAUCUUGGCUGAUUUACUCUAUUGCGCCUGAACUUCGUUCUACUUUCUUCUACUUUACUGUUGCGAAAGAACUAUGGGAUGAAAUUAAACUUAGAUAUGGUAAAAGUGAUGGUCCUAGACUUUUCUAUCUUGAAAAAACCCUAGGUAAUAUUUCUCAAGGCACUCAGACUAUUACUGCUUAUUACAAUUUUUUCAAAGGACUCUGGGAUGAAUACGUAGAUUUCAAAACACUUCCUCCUUGUUCCUGUAGCCUUUACACUUGUAAAAUUCAUGAAAAAUAUCAAAAAUUGCUUCAGAAAGAAUCUGUUCAGAAAUUUCUUGUUGGAUUAAAUGAAUCCUACUCACAUUUAAGAAGCCAAAUUCUUCUUCAAAAACCUUGUCCUAAUCUUUCCUCUGUUUAUUCCUUCUUUCUCCAAGAAGAAUCUCAAAGAACUCUUCAAUAUCCUGCCAACUCUGUUCCUUUCACUCACGAUUCUUCUAAAACCUUGGAUAAUUCUUUCAAUGAUUCCACUGCCUUUCUUGCUAAGAAUCAAAACUAUAAGAAAAAAUCCUCUGUCACUUGUAACCAUUGUGGUUACCAAGGACACUUUGCUGAUAGAUGUUUUCAAAUCAUUGGUUAUCCACCUAAUUGGAAAGGACCUAAAGGACACAGAACUGCUCCUGGAUUUCAACAAUCAUCUUAUUCCCACAAAAACACUCAAGCUCAUCUUGCUAAUGCAUCUGUUGAUUCUUCUUCUAAUGAUAUGGAUCUCUGUGACCCUUCUCUUUACAACAAGUUUUUAGAAUUUAUAAAGGGUCAACAUGAAAAAGCUUCUGCAAAUGUUGCUAUGGUUGUUCCUGUCACUGAUCAAUCUCCUCCUAGUGAUUCUAAUUUCUUAGGUAAUCAUUCUGUCUUUCUUUCUACUAUUACAUCUAUUAUAUGGAUUUUAGACACUGGAGCUUCUGAUCACAUGAAUCGUGAUUUUACUUUAUAUACUUCUACACCCAAACCUAUUUCUAUCAAAAUUCAAUUACCUACUGGAUUUUUUAUUACUGCUACCCAUAUAGGAAAUGUUAGGCUUAACAACAAUCUUACUCUUCAUAAUGUUCUUUAUGUUCCUAAGUUUAAUUUCAAUCUUAUAUCUAUUUCUAGUCUGGCAUUACAUGAAAAUAUAUCUGUUCAUUUUUCUUCUAAUCAUGCUACUUUGCAGGAUCAUCACACCAACACAAUGAUUGGUUAUGCUGAUCUCAAAAAUGGUUUAUAUCUGUACAACUCUACUGAUUCUUCUACUCAUAAUAAAUCUGCUACUGUUAAUCAUGUUCAUAGUCAAUGUUCUGACUCCAAAUAUGAUAUUUGGCAUUAUAGAUUAGGUCACCUUCCUUUUAAUAAACUGAAUGCUAUUGUUGAUUGUAAUGUUUCUCACCAUAUCAAUAAAGAUACUGCUUGUGACAUUUGUCAUUUUGCUAAACAAAAA